AUCUUCUCCUCUUCCUCGGCUUCUCUUAGGACCCUAGAGGAUGAUAAGAUGCUGAAUUGUCAUUUUUCUAGGGACAAAGGGAAAGCUGCACUGUUGGGAGCCCCCACAGAGCUCUACAACACUCCCAGCAAAAGUCUGGGAUGGGGCUGCAAAGCAGAGACCGCAACCCAGCAGUGGCAGGAAUGAAACCUGAGGUGCAGCCUGGAGCUGAGCUUCCAAGGAUAACAACCUUGGCAUUGCACAGCAGCACCAGCGGGUUUGGGGUACUGACAUCCCAAAAAAAGUGUGUGUCCUUCCUGAGGAUCAGACAGUAUCCUAAGCACACAGGGCUUUCCACUCACGGGGUGCACGGAGCGCUUUUCCUCCACUUGUCACCCGUGUUCAUCAUCCGUCACAGAUCCCAAGGUCUCAGGGCCACCCAUCCCUCUUUGUCCAAGUUAAUGAUUCAAACCGUCUGGAUCUCUGAGGCCCUGCCAGCCAGGCCCCAGGGGGCAGGCCAAGGAUGCUUGCCCUCUGGGGUUAAUCAUUCUCCCAGCUGCUGCCCCUGCCUCCAUAAAAACCCCGGGAUGGGACUCCCGGUACCGCUUCCCGGCAGGAGGAGGAGAGCCAGCUCCAGCAUGAGGGCAGCCCUGGCCCUGCUGCCGCUCUUGGCCGCUGCACAAGCCUUACACCGAGGGAAAGCUUAUGUCCGGGAGAAGGUCUGCCAGGAGUACAAGAUCCUGGGCAAGGAGAACUUCAGAACCCUAACCAUCAUUGACACCAGCCGGAAAUAUUCCAACGGCACCUUGCAGGAGAUCGGCCACCUCGUGCGGGAAAUCGUCUCCCUGGCCGAGACCUGCUGCGCCGACGGGGCCGACCCCUCCUGCUACGACGCCGGGGCCACGGCGCUGUCGGAGAAGUCCUGCGCGGCCGACUCGCCCUUCCCGGCGCACCCCGGCGCUGCGCGCUGCUGCGGCCAGCAGGGGCUGGAGCGCAAGCUGUGCCUGGCCGCGCUGCGCCACCCGCCCCGGCCCCUGCCCCGCUUCCUGCAGCCCUCCGACAGCGAGCUCUGCCGCGCCUUCCGCCUGGAGCCCCGGGAAUUCGCCGACAGGUUUCUCUAUGAGUACGCCAGCAGCUACAGCCAGGCUCCCCUGCCUGUGCUCCUGGCCUCCACCACCACCUUCCUCUCCAUGGUCUCCACCUGCUGCAUCUCCUCCGCACCCACUGCCUGCUUCCUGAAGGAGAAACGGGAGAGGAAAACCCUCUCCCUACUCACCCUGAUGUCAAACCGGAUCUGCUCCCGCUUCUCGGCCUACGGCAAGGACAAAGCCAGCUUCAGCUCCCUGACCUCUCUGGCCCAGAAGAUUCCCAAUGCCUCCUUCGAGGAGCUGCUGCCCCUGGCCGAGGACGCUGCCGAGGUGGCUUGCCAGUGCUGCGACUCCAUGGCCGAGGACUGCAUGCAGAAGAAGCUCUUGGAGCACACGGCCAGAGUCUGCUCGGCGCUGUCGGCGCGGGAUGAGCGCCUCGCCUCCUGCUGCCAGGGGAAAAACCUGAUGGAAAACCACUUCUGCAUCCUGGCCAUGCCCCCAGCCCCAGCUGCCAGGCUGCCAGAGCUACCAGAGCCCACCAACAAGGAGCUGUGUGCCAAGGAAGGAGCUCUCCAUGCCACCAGGUUCCUGUUCGAGGUGGCCCGGAGGUAUCCCAGCCUCCCCGAGGCCGUCCUCGCCAAGCUCUACGACACCUCCGGGAAAUUCCGCGAGGAAUGCUGCUCCUCCAAGGACCCCUCUGCCUGCUGGGACAGCAAGCGCCAGCGGAUCGCGGCGGAGCUGUUCCCUUUCCUGGCAAAGGCCGAGCAGCUCUGCGGGCAGUUCCACAAGCUGCCUUUCCUUGAGUUCAAGAAGAGGCUGCGGGACAGUCUGGCCCAGUCCGAGCCCAGCUCGGCGCCGCUGGAGCAGCUCCUGGAGCAGCGAGCAUCCUUCGCCUCCUCCUGCUGCCUGCCGGACGCUCCGCCGCUCCUCUGCGCUUCCAAGGUCACCUCGGAGCUGGGGGAGCUGUGCCAGGGGGAUUCCUGCCUGCUGGCAUAGGCUGCCGGCCGCAGGGAUCGCUUCUCCAGGGAUCGCGCUCCGACGGAGCGGCAACACGAGGCGGAGCUCGGGAACACCGGGAACACCGAAGGGAGCAUCGGGGAGCUGGGCUGGAGAACGUCCGGCAGAUGGGAGGUGUCACCGAGCCCACCGCUUGUGUUCCUGCAGCCAAAAUAAAAUCAAAAGUGCCCUGCA